AUGCCGAAGCGUCAGCACCUUCUGUUUUCUCUCCAGAGAAAGCGCAUCAGAGCGUCUUUCAACAAAUUCAACCUUUACAAUAUUCUCACAUGGCGCAAGACCAUUCGUCGCGGUACUCUUUACCAGCAGAAGUGGAGUGCUAAGGCCGAGACCCGUGCCUACCACGGUGAAAAGCUUACUGAGACACAGUUCCGCAACACCUUCGACGGCAAGUUCAACGCUGUUGCUCCUCUCCAGUCGCAGGCCGACGGCAAAACAGCUCCUGUUACGCCUUUUGCUCUGCAGGCAUAUGCCGUCCUCGAGAAGCGUCUCGACCAGGCUGUUUUCCGUGCCAUGUUUGCUGCCUCUCCUCGCCAGGCUUCUCAGUUCAUUCGUUACGGCAAGGUCAAAGUUAAUGGCGUCACCAUGAAGCAUGCCGGCUACAAGCUUUCCCCUGGCGACGUCUUUUCUGUUGACCCUGACCGUGUGUUGCAAGCCCUUGGUCGCUCUAAGCCUUCUCUUAAGCAGUCUGUCGAUGUUACCAACAGCAUGAUUCGCCGCUACAACAAGUACCUCCGAAAGUGCAAAAAGUUCCCCAAGUAUAUGUGGCACGCCAAGCAGAGAUGGAGACGCAGACACCCAGUUUACUUCAAGCGUUACCUGCAAUCGCGCCAGGCCCGCGUUGCCGAAAAGAACACAACUAUUCUCAAGAAAAUGAACCAGGACAUUAACGCCUUGACUCCUGCCACCAUCUUGAAGUCCAUUCUUCUCCAGGAGCCUUACUUUGAUAAAUUCGGCACCCUCCCAUUACUCUACGGCUCUGACGUCCAGAACAAAUCUCUUUCCAUCAUGCAAAUCAUCACUGGCAAGCGUGCCUUUAUCCCUAAGGCUGAAGAGACUGAAAAGACCGACUCACAAGAACCAGCAAAAGAAGCCGAGAAGCCGAUAGAAUCUGCUCAUAAGGAGGAAGAAGCUACUCCUGCUUCUACUGAAUCCGCCGCUCCUUCUACACCUGAACCCACCACUACUACUGCAUCUGCUCCUGCCGAGGAGGUCGCCCCUGCUGACGAGUCCAAGGUUGAUGCUGUUGUCAAAAAGUACUUCCCUCCCCUCCGUGAGGAUGGCACCCAGGUCGCUGCUUCUGAGCGCCCUGAGAAGUUCAAAGAUGUAAAGAAGCUGCUGCUUGAAAUCUCGCGCAUCCGUAGCGAGCAGAUCGAGGUUGCCGCCAAGAAGCAGCUCAUUGACCCCAAUGAUAUCAACAAGGAUGAGCCCUACGACCCUGAGUGGACCAAGCGUCUUGGUUCUGAGCUCGAGCUCAUUGACUACGAAGCUAUCAAGGAGGACCCCAACUCGGUGCUCCCCAUCAGACUUCCUUGGCAAUCUGGUGGCCAUUACGGUCUCCAGAACCAGGAAAAGCCUUACUUCAGUCCUUGGGCUCCUAGACCUUUCCUGUCUCCCUUUGCCAUUCUCCCUCAUCACCUUGAGGUUUGCUUCGAGACCUGCCACGCCGUCUACCUCAGAGACCCCGUUGCAAGACCCGGUCACUCCGAAGUCAUCUCUCCCUUCCCUCUUGACAUGCAUGAGCGUGCUUACAUGUUCUAUGCUACCAGAAGAAGAAAGUUUUAA